CAUAGAUCGUUUUUGCACUUCACGAAUCUGACAUUCUCGAUCACCCUCCUUCAGUGACAACCUCCACUGGAAAAAUAACUCCCAAACUCGGGAUUUUGAAUCAAGUGUUGGUAUCAAAUGGCACCGCUGUGGGCCUUUUUGACGGGUCAAAAACGGGGGAUCCAAGUUAAGAAAUGGGUUUUGAAAAGGAGAAUGAAAGGUUUGCCCAAGAAAGGCGAUAUGGAGUUAAAAUUCGAAACCCUACCGGAAUUGCAAGAGGGUCAAUAUUUAGCUAAAGCUGUCUACUUCAGUGUCGAUCCAACCUUGAGACUCAUUAUAGAUACAUUGGCGCUUGGUUCUGUCUUGCCCUGUGCCCAAAUAGCUAAGAUACGAGCUAGUAAAAACAAAAACUAUCCAGUCGGAGCUUAUGUUCAUGGCUAUUUUGGAUGGAGAACGUAUACGAUCGAUGACGGAUGUUCCCGCGAAAAUCCGACAUACCUUCUUCCCACAUACCUCAAUGCCGAGUUCGGAGAAGACGACCCUGAUUAUACAAACGCAAACUUCAAUAGAAUACGUGCUUCUUAUGGAUUGGGAAUUUUAGGAAUGCCUGGGAUCGCUGCAUACUUCGGUAUGAUGGAGAUAUUGCAUCCUCAAGAAGACGAAGUGGUAGUAGUCUCUACCGCUGCGGGUGCCGUCGGAAGCAUGGCAACGCAAAUAGCAAAAAAUAUACUAGGAUGCAAAGUAAUUGCGAUCACGGGGAAAAAUAGUAAAGGAGAUUUUUUGUUGGACUACUACGCUAUUGAUGAUUACAUUAACUACACGACGCACGAUGUGGAAGCCAAACUGAAUAUUCUCGCUCCUGAAGGGGUCGACUGUUAUUUUGAUAAUGCUGGUGGAGAGAUAUCCAAUGCUGUUAUUGCAAAUAUGAACAACUUCGGAAGGAUAGCCCAAUGCGGGGCAACAUCGGCCUACUGUGGCGACCGACCAGCUAAGAUCAGUCAAUGGCAAAUCAUUCAGAAGCAGCUGACCGUCGAAGGUUUCCAUUGUACCAGAUGGCACGACAGAUGGUUCGAGGCGAUGGAUUCUAUGCACAGAUGGUGGAGAGGACACACAUUGAUGGGCGCAGAGACAAGCAGCAAGGGUUUUCUCAAUUUCAGGGAGGCGUUUCGAUACGUCUUCACGAACAGUUCGCUUGGAAAAGUAAUUAUCAGCAGAAAAUAAACAAUUGCAUCGAUAAUUCAAGAGGUAUUUUGUUUAUUUUUUCUCCGAUUCAUUUUUUGUUUCUUGUAAAAACAGGCCAUCUCGGAUAGUUUUCGACAAGAAAAAUGAAGAUCCCAAGCACCUUUAAAUUUUAGGUGUUCCAAAUUUCAUUCUAAACGCCGUCUUAGGAAAUAUAUUUUAUUAUAUAUUAAUAUAUUAUAAUUUGAGUCUAAAAAUCCGUCGCACUUUUAUAUUUAUUAAAUCUAUAUGAGCAAAAUUAAGCCUCUCCCAAUACGCGCUUGUAUGGAACAUCCAACAUACUAUAUUGUUGAAAAAAAAAAAACAAGUUGCGAAAUUUUCUUGCGAAUGCAAAGUUUUUGCCUCUAAAAUAAAAGAGGAAUGUAGAUUAACUUUUAUUAUAUUGUAAUGUGGUUAUAAUGAUUAAAAGGUGGGCGGGCGAUAGAAGCGCGAGGUAACAAAUAAUUGUUUCUUUUAUUUACAGCAUAGUUGAAACCAAUAUAUCAUCAAGUAAAGCUUUGUUCUAUUGUCAGCUCAUAAAAUAUUUUACGUUAUUGCAGAGCUAAUCAUUAUUUAAGUCAAUUUUCGAAGAAAUACGUGCAAGGCUAAUACAGGGUGCGGCAGAGAGGAUGGACGGUUUUAAAAAAUCAUAAAAUAGUUAAUUUUUACUCGAAAACAAAUGUAUUGAUGGAAUCAGGUUCACGAGGAAAUAGCAUUUGAGACAGUCAAGUGUGGAAAAUCACAUCGGGCAUGUGGUGGCCGAAAUCGUUGAUGCAGUGCUGGAGGCGAUCAAAAUGUCUGCUUCUAUUAUCUAAACUACAUACCUGUAUAAAGAUCUUUCAUUAAAAUGAAAUAUAUACGUAGAACAAUAUAUUUUCAUGAAAAAUACUGAACGAACAUUACUUGUACGAUAUUGUAAAACUAAUAGUGCGUUCGUGAAAAUAUUUUCAAUAUAGCUGUAAUGAGUUUUGUAUCGAUUUGAAAUAAGUUAGCGAAAAACUUUACAAUGUUGAUUAAGCAACACAUUUAAACCGCUGGGUUACUUAUAAAAUAAUAUUUUAUAUUUUACGUACUGCUGUGUCAGCAUUAAAAUUUCGUCUUAUAUAUGUAAGGGAGUAGAAACAGUUCGUGGGAAUAAUUACGGCUUUUUAUUGAUUCGCCUCACAAGUAGCAUGACCUUCUAUAGCCCACCCACCUUAUUAUUACUACCAUUAUCUAGCAUUUCUAUUCUAAGCGCAUAAUUUAGUUCUUGUAAUGAUACCUGGUACCCAAUUAUAGAAUUUAUGGAAGAGUUUA